AUGGCCAUCACCAGAAUCGGACUUAUUGCCCUCUCCGACGACGUCAAGCAGGAGGAGGCCGUCGCUCGCUUCGGCAACUUCUCGAGCGAGUGCAAGAAGGACGGCAACACAUACAUCCUCUCCUCCAAGGCGAGCAAGUGCAAGACUCUCACCGACGUCCCGGGAUCUCAGCCGUGGAGCGUGGUGUACGAGAUCACCUUUGCGAAUGAGGCGGAUAUGGAGUACUACCAGACCAAGGACCCCGUCUACCAGGAGCUCAUGAAGCAGGCCGCUGAGGGCAAGGCGACUGGAUUCAUUGCUGUUUCUGCGGAGUUUUAG